AUGGACCCGGUACCAGCGCCCGGCGGGGAGCCCUCGUCGUUGCAGAAGAUCGAGGUGGAUGCCGCCAACAUGUCCGCCGCGGACAUGGACGACGAGACGAAUCUCACAACGGAGACGGUGGUCGCGGUGGAUAAAGACGUGUCUCAGUCGGAGUACGAGACCGAUAGCGACGCCUCGGGCGACGAGUGGGAGACCCAGUCUCUCUACGAAGAUGCCAUCCAGGUUCUUCGCGAUGAUCAGCUGCGCGACGGAGUGCCCGAUGCUUGCACCUUGGAAGAGGCCGUUGCUUUCCGAAAUCGGCUCCAUGAAAUCGGCAAGGCUGCCUUUGUUGGAGAAACCAUCGGCCAAGAUACAGUGACCGCUAAGAAGCUCUGCACGGCGUUCGGCAUCAUGCCCCCGCCUUUCCUCGAAGGCGCGCCGGAUGAGGCUUAUCAUCCUCUCCUAGCGAUCGCGAUCUCGCGGGAAUUCUCCAGGCGUCAGAAACUUCCCCAGUACAAUACGAUCGAGGAUGCGGUCAGGUUACUUCAAGAAUCCAAGAACAUCGUCGUGCUGACGGGUGCUGGCAUCUCUACGAGUCUCGGUAUUCCCGACUUUCGAUCGAAAGACACCGGACUUUAUUCGCAAUUGGAGCAUCUCGGUCUGAGCGAUCCGCAGGAAGUCUUUGACAUUCAAGUCUUCCGCGAGGAUCCUAGUAUCUUCUUCUCGAUCGCAAAGGACAUCUUGCCUACCGAGAAGAAAUACUCGCCGACCCACGGGUUCAUUCGGCUGCUGCAGGACAAGGGGAAACUCCUCACCAACUACACCCAGAACAUUGACAAUAUCGAGGCCAAUGCAGGCGUGCUUCCCGAAAAGAUUGUCCAAUGCCAUGGCUCCUUUGCGUCCGCCACGUGUGUGAAGUGCAAGUAUCAAGUCCAGGGAGAUGCAAUUUUCGACGAGAUCAAGAAGGGGGUCAUUCCUGAGUGUACGGUAUGCCGCGAGAAGAUCGCGGAGGAUGCUUUGAAGGCGCAGGGCAUGAAGCGCAAACGUAGCACCAACGGAACACACAAAAGCCGCAAGAAUGAAGGCGAGGACAGCUCGGAAGAAGAAGAUUAUGAAAUUCCCACUCCGGGUGUGAUGAAGCCGGACAUCACCUUCUUCGGCGAGGACCUUCCCGACGAGUUCGGCCAUCGUCUUCUCCAUCAUGACCGCGACCAGGUGGACCUGGUGAUUGUCAUUGGGACCUCGUUGAAAGUGGCCCCUGUAGCGGAAGUACCGGGGGUGCUGCCUCGCACCGUGCCUCAGAUCUACAUUUCUCGCACCCCUGUAUCGCACACUGGCUUCGAUAUCGACUUGCUAGGCGACUGCGACGUGGUGGUGUCCGAGCUUUCUCGCCGAGCUGGCUGGGAGUUGAAGCACGAGAUGAUUCCCCAGGGCGAGAAGGUUGAUGUGACUCCAGUGGAAGGAUAUGAAUCACGACAUGUGUUUAAGUCCGGCCUAGUGGACGCAAUCGUCAUGGAAUAUCUGAUCCGCUUCGCGCAAGCCCACGAGACGUUUCGGCGGCCGGAGAUCAAUGCCCUGGCGUCUCUAGCGGGCAUUGAUCUGGAGAUUGUCUCUUAUGAUCAAUUUUCACCAUAUUGUAUCGUCAAACUCCCCGAUGAAACAGCUGCGAGAACUCUCGUCUCGCGGAGCAUUCUAGUUAAGGACAUUUUCGAGCUCUGGGGCCACGGCAUCAAUUACGAUGAAGUGCACGCCGACAACCGCAGGCGGACGGAGCACCGCUGGAGCGAGUUCAAAGAGCGCUCGUUCCGUUUCAGCCUAGAGUCUUUCAGCGGCAAACGCAGCAUGGAGCAGAGGCGCGAAAUCAUUCAGUCUUUCUCCUACAUGGCCUUCACGGGUCCCAUCCGCAUGAAGAAUCCAGACGAGGAUUUCUGGGUUCACGAAGACUAUCUCUCGCAGGUGGAAUCCGCAGUGAAAUAUCCUGAUGCGCCGCGCCCUCAGGGGCUGAAUCUAGAGCCGAAGGGUAUUUACUUCGGUCGUUGGAUCGCAAACAGUCAUCGGGAUAUCGUGAACAAGUAUGAUCUAAAAAAGCGUCGAUAUAUCAGCACAACGUCCAUGGAUGCCGAGCUGAGUCUCGUCACGGCCAAUAUGGUGCACGCGGGCCCCGGAAGACUCUUCUACGAUCCGUUCGUUGGCACGGGGAGCUUUUGUGUAGCGGCGGCGCACUUUGGGGGCUUGACUUUCGGCUCAGAUAUCGAUGGGCGCAGCUUUCGCGGUCGAGAGACGAAGAAGGGAGACCCGAUUGGGCUGGCAUCGAACUUCAAGCAGUAUGGAACGUCGAGCAAAUUCGUGGAUGCGUUUACUUCGGAUCUGACAAAUACGCCCCUGUUCAACCGCCAGUUCUUGGACGGCAUUAUCUGUGACCCGCCUUAUGGAGUGCGUGAGGGUCUUCGGGUUCUUGGAACUCGUGAUGGCCGUGGGAAGGAAGAGGUGGUCAUUGAUGGCGUACCGGCUCACUACCGGCCGGGCUAUAUCGCCCCCAAGAAACCGUACGGGUUCGAGGCAAUGCUGCACGAUAUUCUGGAAUUCGCUUCGCAGACCCUCGUCACGGACGGGCGACUGUGCAUGUGGAUGCCUACAUCCGGCGAUGAAGACGUGAAGUUGAUGAUUCCUAUGCACCAAGACCUAGAGGUUGUCAGCGUUUCAGUGCAACCCUUCAACAACUGGGCACGUCGACUUAUCACCUACCGAAGACUCCCCGAAGGCCAAGUCUCGGACGUGACGCUUGGACGACAGAAGGGCGAUGACCAGGGGGUCAGCGCCGACGACCUGAACGCUUUUAGGAGAAAGUAUUUCUCAAGGAACCACAAGUCGGGAACUGAAAGUCCCGCAUCGCAAUGA